AUGCGCGUGAAAGAAUCAGAGCAAGCAGCAAGGCCUACCCCCAACCCUAACCCUAACUCGCAAUCUUCGUCUCUAUUCUCUUCCUCUGCUACUUCCUUCAGAUUUGUCCGUACCGUUGAUAUCAAUACUGAGUUCGGGUGUGGGUUUCCAGUGGUGGGCUUGUGUGAUUGCCUCUUGUGUGUGAGCCAUGGUGGAUGUAGCAACCAUGGCGGAAUUGAUGAAUUGAUGAGUAUGUUUUGUGGCAUUUGCUCUUCUGGUUUGAUCCCAGCUUCUCUUGUAACUACCCACACCACCAGUUAA